GCGGGCCGUGCGGACUAUGCCCCUGGUGCAUUCCUCGCAUUCCUGCACAAUCUGUCGCCGGCCGAGGAGCCCGCGGUGCGCGUCCCCCCCGAACACACACACCUGCUUAUUGCUACGCCCCGCGCGGCCACGGCCGCCGCGGCGCCUCUGCUGCCCGCGCUCGCUGUUUGUCGCACUCAGCCAACACGCAGCCAAAUCUCGGCCCAGCCGCGCACCCCCUCGCUUCCCGGGUAGGGGGAAAAGGAGAGAGGACUGGGCUGCCCCGGCGGCGGGCAAGGACACGCGAUCCACCAGCGGGGUGCCGCAGCUCCUCUUCAACUCCUGGCAGGGAGAGAGGGAAGCGGCGGCGCAAGAGGGCAGCCGGGGAAGCUUGGGGCUGGAGAACCAGGAGGGGUGGAGCGUGAGGAUACGCGAUAUGGAAAACAUGGAUAGAAGAGACCGACCAUUCUUGACAAUUCAGAAGAACGAUAGCUCAGAUAAUCUGAUAUUUCGUAUGAAAAAUGAAAUGAGAAGCACCAAGUAUAAACCAGUAGACUAUCAACAAUUGCAUGCAUUAGCUGAAGUAAAAAAAUUAGCUUCUGCCUCUACAGAGCUAAAGAUCAGAAAAGCAGUGCUGACUUCAAAGAUAACUAAAGAACAAACACUAAUAAAGCAACACAAGCAAGUGUGGUGGCAAGAACACCAAAGGCUAAAUGAAGUCAGAUGUAAAAUGGAAUCUGAAGUAAAAUCCUUACUCAAUGAAGAGAACAUUGGAAAUGAAUGUCUUUCUGACCUUAUGAAUUUCGAACAAGAGUUAUCAGAACAAUGGUGCACAUAUCUUAAAAAUGUAAUACAUCCUAUUCAACAAUUGAGAGCAGAUCUAAAAUACAGACAGCAUCACAUUUCACAGCAUUCACACUCGCACAGUGAAUCUAACUCUGUGAAAGUACUGGAAGAGGUUGACUUCGUGAAGAAACAAUUGAAAGCUGUCUAUGAAAGACUUAGGCUAGAGCAACAGAAAAUAGAAAAUUAUCUUUCAGACUGGAGUGUGAAAAUACUAGAUCAUUCUUCAGAAGAAAGAAGUAACCUGCUUAGUCAACUGCCCGUGGAAUUAGAAACUUUGGAAUGUCCAUACCCUGACUUGAAGUCGUCAAUCCUUAAUGAGUUCUAUAACUUUACAGAGAAAUAUCAAAAGAAACUUCAAGAUUUUGAUCUGCAGUUAGAAGACAUAUACAGGUAA